AUGGUUUCUACUGACAAGAAAGGAAGCAAAAUACAUGUGUUUCUUAUAAAUAAUCCUAAGGAAAGUGAUAAAGAAAAAAACCAUAAAUUAAGUCAUACAAAAGAUAAUAAUAUAAGCAAUGAAAAUAAAGAUAAUGAAAAUGAAAAGAGUAUAUAUAAUAAUGAAGAAAAUAUAAAAGAUGAAAAAAAAAGUUGUAAUGAAGAUAAAAAUAAUGAGAGAGUUGAAGAAAUCAUUACUCAUAAAAUUUAUCACCCACAAGUGAAAAUUGUAAAGGUUAGCUGUGGAAAGCAAAUAAUUGCUUUUCUGUCAGCAUCUGGAAGGAUAUAUUGUUGGCACUUGAAUGAAUUAAAUGAUUUUGAUAAGAAUGUUCCAUAUUUAUUAGUUGAUAAUAUAAUAAAACAUAAGUCAAUACAUGAUGUUAGUUGUGGUCAUAAUCAUAUAGCUUUUUUGUCUAAAGAGGGUGAAUUAUUUACAUAUGGUGAUAAUACAUAUGGUCAAUUAGGAAUAACAUAUAAUAUAAAUAAUAAUACUAAUAAUUGCACUACUGAUAGUAAUAAUAAUAGUAAUAGUAAUAAUAUUAAUAUUGAUGGUAGUGAUGAUGGCAUUCUUGAUAUAAAUACUUAUAACAAAUUAUAUAAUAAUAAUAAUAAUUAUAAUAAUAAAUUAAAAAAUUAUAAAAAAUAUAAAGUUUACAAGAUAAAUACACAAAAUAAUAUUGUCAAAUAUGUAUAUGCAUCAGAAAAAUUCACACUAUUUUUAUCAAUCGAUGGUAUUUUAUAUGGUGUGGGUUUAAUUAAUGAACAUAUACUUAAAAGCGAUAUGAAUAAAAAUAAAAUAAAUAAAAUAUUAAUAAAACCACAUGUUAUAAAUACAAAUAAUAUAUCUUUUAAAAAAAUUGCUAUAGGUCCUAAUUUUCUUCUAGGUAUUGAUAUGCAUAAUGAUGUAUAUUCAUGGGGAAAAAAUGAACAAGGAGUAUUAGGACAUAAUAAUAAUUUAAAUGAUUCUGAUUAUCCUAAAAAAAUAGAGAAUCUAGCUAAAGCAAACUUUAUAAGUGCAGGUAAAAUAUGUAUAUGUAAAACUUCUGAGGAUGAUAUAUAUAUAUGGGGUCAUAAUUAUGGUAAUAAACCAAGUUUAAUUAAAAAUAAAUUUGAUUCUAUGCAUAUUAAUAAUAAUUUUAUUAUUGGUAUCUCACCACAAAAAAAUAUCUGGGUAAAAAAUAUUCAUAAUAUGUCACAUGGAUAUUAUAUUAAUAAUCUUCAAAUAAACCUAUGUUCAUCAUAUGAUAAUUUAAUCAUAGGAGUAGAAAAUUUGGAUAUCAACCAUAAAGACAAUUAUAACAAUCAUCUCAAUGUUUCAAUUAGCCAAACGAAAAGUGAAAUAAGUCAUAUACAAAAUGUUACUCAAAAUGAUAAUGAACAUGGUGAGUUGCAUGCACAUAUUUCGGAUAAAAAAAAUUCAAUCGAUAUUGUCAAUACGGUUAUUAGUAUGACGUCAGAUGAGGUCAAGGGGAAUGAUCAAAGGGGUACUCCACCAGAUAAUAUGGAUGAUAUAAAAGGUGAAAAAAUUGAAAAAAUUGAAAAAAUGGAAAAAAUUGAAAAAAUUGAAAAAAUUCAAAAAAUUGAUGACAAUAAAAGAAAUGUUGACCAUCAAUCUAAUGGUGACAGCAAAAGAAAUGUUGACCAUCAAUCUAAUGGUGACAACAAAAGAAAUGGUGAUCAUCAAUCUAAUGGUGAUAACCAUAUUUCUGAUGACAAUAUCCAUUCACCACAAGAUGUCAUAUUAACAAAUGAUAAUUAUUCUCAAAAUAGCGAUGAGAAAAAUAUCCAUAAUAAAAAAUCUGAUGAUACUUUUAAAGAAUCAAAUACACAAUUUCAUAAAGAAAAAGAAAUAUAUUCUUUUUUUACAAAUGAUGUAUAUGAAAAAAAUAGUUUUCUACAUAAUGAUAAUAAAAGUAGCAUGCAAAAUAAGAAAGAAACAACCUUAUUAGAAGAUACAUUAAAAGAAAAUAAAACAAACAUUUCUAUUAAUAAUAAUGACAUGAAUAAUAAAUGUAAUGAUUACAAUACAUCUAAUAUUAAUAGGAAUGAUAAUAAUAUAAAUGCUUACUUAAAUGAUGACAUAAAAUUGUCUACAUUAAAUGUUGAAAACAAAUCUGUAGAUAUCAAUAUAAAUAAUAAUGAAACUGAAAAGGAUGAUAAACAUAAUAAUGAUGUGGAUAAUAUAAAUAUAGAUGUAACAAGAAAUAUGUUGGAAAAUAACUUCAAAAAUGAUAAUUUAAAAAAUAAAAAUAGUGUUACUAUAAAUGAUGUAGAAACGGAUAUAGAAGAAUAUAAAUUUAAUUCAAUACAUAGUGAUGUUAUUAAUAAUUAUUCAAGUGAUGAUAAGGAUAUAAAAAAAAAUAAUUAUGAAGGUAUACCCGUAAUAGAAGUGCAAGAUGAUGUAAAUGAUGAUGAAAAUGAUGAUGAAGAUGAUGAUGAAUAUGACGAUGAAGACGACAAUGACGACGAUAAUCAGGAUGAUCAUCAGGAUGAUCGUGAUUACCAUGAUGAUGAUAAUAAAUAUCAUAUUCUUAAUUAUGAUGAUGAUACAAAUAACGAAUAUGAAGAUGAAGAAAGCUUUUUAUCUACAAAUUUUUAUGGAGAAAAAAAUGAAUCAGAUGAUAUAGAUCAUAAAAAUAUUAUUAUAAUUAAUAAAAAAGUAUCAGACAAAGAUAAUGUCGUUUUAAAAUCAUCUUUAAAAAAAUCAUCAAGUAGUAAUUCUAUAAAAAAAAGUGUCUCAUUUUCUAAAUAUGUAUAUGAUUUAGCUAAGAAUAAUUAUGAGCCUAUGAAUUUUAAUUCAUUUGAUGAUAUUAGUGUAUCCGAAUUUGAUCGUGAAGAAUCCAUAAGUGUUAAAAUAUCUGAUCAGAUAUAUGCUCAAUCAACAAAUAAAAUAUAUGAUAAAGAAAUGAAUGAUACUAGUGAUAAUACUUUAGAUACAAUAAAUAAUUAUCAAUCCAAAUUUGAAAUGAAUGAUAAUUUAAAGGAAAAAAAAGACAAACAAGGUAACGAUUUAUUAAAUAUUCCCCAUCAAAAUGAAAAUGAGUCUAUUCAAAUAAAUCAUGUCAUAACAGAUAUGAAUACAAAUAACACUCUAAAGAAACAAUUAAAAAAUGAUAACUACUAUAAUGAGGAUGAACAAGAGAAUAUAAAUGAAGAUACAUAUAGAAUUGGUAUAAGUAAUUCAGGCACUGAUAAUAUAAACAAUAAAUGUAAUAUAUCAAACAAUUUGGAUAGUAUUACAGAAUAUUCUGAUGAAAAAAAAUUCCAAAUACAUAAAAAAAAAUUAAACAACAAUGUUAUCACAAAAGAACAGUCAAGUAAUUUUAUAGAGGAGGAAAAUAAAGGUUCAUACAAUAUUUUAUAUCCAAACAAUAAUAAAAAUAAUAAUAAUGAUAACUAUGAAGAGAAUCAUGUCGAUUCAUAUAUUCCUCAAAAUUGUGAUACUAAUAAAAAUGUGGAAGAAGAAAAAAACAAUUCUUUUUUUCAUAUAAAUGAAAAGAUAAAUGGUAAUAUAAAAAUAAACCAUAUAAACCAAUUUAAUUUGUCUGAUAAUAAUAAUAAUAAUAAUUUUGUAUCCAUUGAAAAGAAAAAAAAAAAUAUAUAUACAGAAGGUUUCAUCAAAAAUGAUUGUAAUAAUAAUAUAUAUCAUAAUAAUUAUGAGCCUUUUAAUAUAUCCACAUUGUCUAAUAACAAUCAUGUUAAUAUGAUGGAAAAUAAAAUAAAAGUAAUAUAUUUUAAAAACUAUAAAUAUAAGAACAUUUUAAAAAAUCUACAUAAAAUAUAUGGUAGAAACUAUGAUUAUCUUAAUAUUAGAAGAAGAAAAAAUAUAAAAUUUGCCUUAACAAAUUGUAAUUAUAAUAUUAAUGUUUUAAACAUUAAACACAGUAUGAAGAAAAUAAACAAAAAUGUGAUAACACACAAAAAAAUGUAUGAAUUGCUAAAAAAAUUAAAGAAUAAAGAUCAUAUGAUAAAAUUAUUCUACAAUCAUUUGUAUUUAAUAAAACAAAGGGAUGCACAUAUUUUGAGAAUAAAGAAUUAUAAAUUAAAAUAUUUAAAUAAAGUUAAUCACAUUUGUAAUAAACAACAUACAAAUAAUAUUAUUAAAAAGAAAACAAAUAUGUCUUUUUUUUCUUUAAAUCAAGAUCACUAUUCAAAUGAUAAUUUGAAUAUGAAUUCACCUAAUAUUAUAAACAUGGAUCAUAUAAAUCGUGAUAUACAAAAAAACAAAUGGAAUGAAUAUAAUAAAAAUGUAGAUGAUAGUAAUAAUAAUAUGAUGUUGAAUGAAAAAAAGAAAAAAAAGACAAAAGACAAAAAUGCAAAUGUGAGAAAAAAGAAUAGUUCUUGCAUUCUUUCAGAUAAUAAUAUAUUAUCUAGUGAUGAUAAAAAAAUAAAAAGAAUAAAAAAAAUAAAAAAAAAUAUACAACAUGAUAAAAAUGAUAAAAAUGAUAAAAAUGAUAAUAAUGAUAAAAAUGAUAAAAAUGAUAAAAAUAAUAAAAACAAUCUUUUAUUAUAUGACAAAAAAUAUAUAUUUAAUAAUAUAAACAAACCAUUAGAUGUAGAUGAAAAAAAAUGGACAUCUAAUAUCAUUGAAUUAACAAAGAAUGAUGAAAAUGGUAAGAUAAAAAAUAAUGAUGGUAAUAAUAUUGUUAAUAAAAGGAGUACAUCACUUGAAACAAGAAAAAAUAAAGUAGUAGAUAUUAAAUAUAAGGAUCAUUUAAAUGAUUUAAGAACACAAGUUAAUAAAGCAAAAAAAAAUAAAAUAGAUAAAGAUAAUGAUACAAUUAAUUCAGAUAAUUUGUCUUCAACAAUGAAGAAGAAAAAAAAAAAUAUUGUUACAUCAAAAAAAAAAAUAAUUACAAAUAAAAGAAGUAAUUCGGUUAUAUUAUCAAAAGAAUUGACAGAAAAAAAAAAUAUAAAAAAAAAAAAUGAAUAUGAUGAUACUUCAAAAAAAUUAUCCUUUAUGUCUUGUUUAAAUGUUAAUACACAAAAUAAAAAUUAUUCUUCAAUUAUUAUUAAUAAUAAUAGUAAUAAAAGGAAUGAAAAAAAGAUGCCUUUAAAAAUGAAGAGAAACUCAUCAGCAACAUUUACUCAUAAUUUGAAUGAUCAUAAAAAUGAUGAUGACAUAUAUAAUUCCAUCUCAAAAAUAAAAAAUGGUAAUUAUUAUUCCGAUUCAGAUAAAAGAAAUAUAUCUUCUGAUUGUGUUCAAAAUAUGAGCAUGUUAAAUAAAAUCUUUGUUGAGAAUCAGAUGAAUAAGAAAAUAGAAUAUGAAAUAUAUAAUAAGAAUAAUAUAACUAAGAAUCAAAUAAAAAAUGAAGAAAAUAAAAUUAAUUCUUCAUAUUUUGAUGAGAUAAAUAAAGAGGAUUCAAGUCUUUCUUUAUAUGACAAUAUAAAUUAUUGUCAAAAAAAAAUUCAUGAUGAUAAUAAUAUUUACUAUAUUAAUCAGAGUGAUUAUAAUAUGAAGAAAAAUAAAUUACAUGCACAAAAAAAUGUGUAUCCACUUAUUAAACAAAAGAAAACAGAAAGAAAUUUACACACUAUAUCAAGUAGCAACCUUACAAAGAAAGUUAAAGAAAAAACUCAAAAGAAAAAAAAUAAAAUUCAUGAUGAGCAUAUCAAUAUUGUGAAUCAACAAGAAACAGAUAUUAUUCUAUUUGAUGAUGAAGAUAAAAAGAUAAAAAAGAAUAAGAAACAAAAUGAUAAUAGUACUAUUAAUAAGGAUACUAAAAAGAAGUUAUUAAAAAAAUUAUGGACAGAAAUAGAAGACAUGAAAAAUAAUAUGAUGGAAAAAAAAAAAAAAGAAAAAAAAUAUAUAUACAACGAAAAUGAUGAUAUUAACAAUAAUAAUAAUAAUAAUAAUAAUAAUAAUAAUAAUAAUUAUUAUUAUAAUGAUAAUAAUUUUAAUAUUAGUGAACAUAAAAGUAAUCAUGAUAAUAUAUUAAUAAAUAAAAAUCAUCCUCACUAUCAUAAUAAACUUAAUAACAAUGUAACAGAUGAUGCACAGAAUGAAGUGGAAAAUAAAAAUAAGAAAAAGUAUAUGAUGCUACUAUCAAAUAUGAAGGAGAAAUUAUAUAAAAAUAAAAUGAAUGAAGAAAAAAAACAUAAGAAAUAUAUAAGAAAAAUAUAUAAGAAUAUGAAAGAUAUUUAUAAUGAAUAUAAUAAUAUUAAGAAAGAAAAAGAAGAUGCAAAAAAAAGUAUUGAUUAUUUGAAAUUUUUAUUAGAAAAUACUGUUAUAAAAAGUAAUGAGAUGCUUCGAAUUAAUAAAAAUUCAUUUGAAAAUUAUAUAGAAAAGAUACAAAAAGAAAAUAAUUUUUUAAAAAGCGAAUUAGAUGAAGAAUCAUAUCAACAUCAUUAUGACUUACAACAACUAGUUUGUAAAAUAAAAGAAUUAGAAAAGUCUAAAGAAGAAGCUAUAAAAUCAAAUGAAGAAUAUAAUAAAAAAAUUGUUGAUUUAUCUGCUGAAUGUGAUAAUUUAAAAAAAAAAGAACUCGAAUUAAACAAAACUAUAGAUGAUCAGAAAAUACAUAUCGAAAAAGAAAAAAAAAAAAAAAAAUAUAUUUUAAAAAAAAUAGAAAAUGCUUUAAAAACAUGGGAAUACGAUUACAAUGUGUUAAAAGAUAAAUAUAAUAAUUUAAUAUCAUCAAAUGAACAAGUUAUAAAUAAUAAUGAAAUAUUAAAAAAUGAAAUUAAUAAAUUGAAAGAUGAAGUGUCUAAUAAAGAAAAUAUAAUUCAUAAUAAGAUGGAUGAAAUUAAUCAUAUAAAUCAAAAAUAUAUAUCAUUAUCAAAAGAAUUUAAAAUAAAAAAUGAAUCUUUACUUGAAGAAUCUGAUAUUGUUUAUAAAUAUAAAAAUAUGGAAGAAUAUUAUAAAAAAAAUAUAGAUAAUUUACAGAAUGAAUUAUUAUCUAAACAAAAUCAAUUAACUUAUAAAGAUAAACGUAUUUUAUAUUUACAGGAUGAACAAAAAGAUUAUUUAAAAAAAUAUUUUAAUAUAUCUAAAGGAUUAAAUAAUAUUAUGCAUAAAUUAAAAGAAAGUUAUAAUAUUAAUAUAAAAAAUGAAGAAUAUGUCGAAAAAAAUCUUAAUAAUUUUAUUACUACUAUUAUUAACAAUUUAGAAGAUAUCAAAGAAUUUAAAACAAAUGAUAAAUUAAAACAUAAAAUUAUUGAUAUAGUUGAUAAUACUUUAAAGAGUAAUAAAUUAUUAUCUCUUCAUACUUAUAAUAUUAUAUCUGAUCAGAAAGGGCUACUUAAAUCAUCGAAUGGAUUAAAUAUAUCUCAAUAUAUGAAAGAAAAUGAUAUUACAAAUAAGAAGAAUACAAAUAGAAACAACAAAAAUAAUAAUAAUAAAAAGAAUGAUACUAAUUAUAAUAGUAAUUAUGAUAAUAAUUAUGAUAGUAAUGAAGAUGAUGUUUUAAAUGGUAACACAAAUAAUAUACUCGCCUCUUCUAAUAAUUCAAAGAAUCAACACCUCCAAAAAAUGGUUAUAGAAGAAAUGGAUGAUAUAUUAAAUUUGUUAGAAGAAAUUAAAGAAAAUAAAUUAUCUCAAGACGAUUUAUUAUCAAUACAAAAUGAAGGAGACCAAGUAACAAAUGAAUUUAUUAAUAUUAAUAAGGAUGAAAACCAUUUUGAUAACUCUCAAGAAUUUAAUAGUCAUAAUAUAUAUGAUGAUCAUCAUUCUUAUAUAGAUUCUAAUGAACACAAUGACUCUCUAAAUAAUAUCUUUGAUCAAGGCAUACAAAAUAAUGUAACAUGUGACAAGAAUAUUAAAUGUGAAAAAAUCAAAUAUAAAAAUAUUAAUAAUAAUGUGCACAAUAAUGUAAGACAAACCAAAAAUAAAAUGAAUAAAUCACAAAUUAAUAGUAAUAUAUCUAAUAUAUAUGAUGAUACAAUAAAACAUAACGAUUAUUAUGAUAAAAAUGAAGAGCUACUAAAAAUGGGUGCACAACAAACAAAUGAUGAUGUGAUAUCUUCAAGUGUAAGAAAAAAAUAUAAAAAUGAAGGAAUAAAUAAAAUUGACAGUGGAAAGCAUAUAAAUCCUUCUAAUCUUGAACAUGCGAAUAGUAAUGGUACUAAUAAUAAAAAACACGAUGAGAAAUAUUCAAGAACACAAAUAAGAGAAUUAAGUUCUUAUGAUAUCAAAAAGGAUAGGAGUAAUAAUCAGAAAGAAAAUCUCAAAGGAGUGAUACAAAAUAAAAUGAGCAGUUAUAUAAAAAAAAAUAAAGAAGAAGAACUAAAAGAAAAUGAAACGGAAGAAAAAAGGAAGCUUUCUCAAGAAAAGAAUGGGGAUUAUAUCUUUCAAAGUGAUGAUAUAGAUUAUUUUAAAAAUAAAGAUUAUUCUGAUGACCAAAACAUUUGUGAUGACCAAAAUUUUUGUGAUGACCAAAAUUUUUGUGAUGACCAAAAUUUUUGUGAUGACCAAGAUAUUUGUGAUGACCAAGAUAUUUGUGAUGACCAAGAUAUUUGUGAUGACAAAUAUUUUUUUGAUAAUCAAAAUUUUUGUGAUGACCAAGAUAUUAGUGAGGACCAAUAUUUUUUUGAUCCUCAGAUGAACCAUAAGAAAACCCAAUUAAAAGAAAUAAGGAACAACCAUAUGUCAUCAAAUGAUAAAAAUGAAAAUUUUGAAAAAAAAAAUUUGAAGAACCAUAUAAAUUACCCCCAAAAAAAAACAGUGUCUAAGAAUUUAACAAAUGAACAGGAAUUAUAUAAAAACUGUAAAAAAAAAGAAAAGAAAAAAUCAUUCAAUGAUAUGUUAGAUAAAAUAUUUGAUACAUCUAUGGAUAAUAAAACAAUGAAUGAAAAUAUGUCGAAUAUUCAAAACUUAAUAGAAAAUAAUAUAAAAAAUAUUUAUGGAACAGAAGAUUAUUAA